AUGGGUAAAUGCCUUUGGUGCAACACAAAUCGGCAGUGUCUGGAUUAUCCUGUGAGGAGCAUAUUACCCUCCAAGUCGGUGUGUGCUCUGAAUGCUGCUCGAUGGGGUGUUUGCUGGGUGAACUUCGAAGCACUGAUUAUUACCAUGAGUGUGGUGUGUGGGAUCAUUUUAAUUGCAUUCGUGUACUGUUGCUGGAGGUGUUGCUGCAGGACCAAGAAGAGCAAAGGACCUGACAAAGAGGAGGUGAAAGCAGCUAGAGAACGAGAAGAGAGACGAGUCCGCCAGGAUGAAAGGAGAGUCGAAAUGAAGGCCAGGCAUGAUGAGAUCAGAAAGAAAUAUGGAUUGUUUAAGGAGGACAACCCAUAUUCCAGAUUUGAAAACAACUGAUAAAUGUUCAUCACCUUGGGUGGUGCCAGGAUGUGAAGAAUAACCAUGGGACCUGAAGCUUCUGUUCAACUGUAAUGCUAACUGUAGAAACUUCUAAAGCCAGAUUUCUGCAUUUUUGAUGAAGCUGAACUCCUCACCCCCAAACCAGUUAUAGAGUUUCCUAGGUGCAUGGCACAGCUUACAUAAUCUUUGGAUAAAUGAGGUAUUACCUCAAAGUUAAUGGUGACUUUUCUGAUUUAGUGCUAGGCUUCUGUUAUUACUUGCAAGCUUACCAGAUGGAACAGAAUUGUUUACAGCAUUAGCUUGCAUUAUACUACAUUCCUUUAAAUAUAAGAACACUUUUUUUCUUUACCCUUAACUCUGAUUGUAGUGUUGAGGUAGUUACUGUCAAUAAUUGGAAGAGGCAUGUAUUCCGCUGUCUGUAAAGGAGAAUUGUCACCCAUUCACCAGGGAGGUAAGUAUUAAACUGAACAGUAGGAGCCCCAAAGUUGUUUUUGCCACAGAACACACUUCAUUUUUGCUUUACAUGAACUUCCUUUGACAAGAUUUUUUUUACUUUCAGAUACAGACAUAUGUACGCAAGAUGGAUGCUGCUGAACUAGUAGUAAAUUUUGUGCAAUAAUUCUACAGGCUGCCUAAUAGAUUGUUAAAUGUUUACUUUGAUACCAUGCUCCCCUGCAUUUAAGAUUAUGUUAAAGGGGUCAUAUCUGCUUGAUUAACAAUGAACCAAGUCUUUUAAUGGUUUUUGAAUUUUGACCUGGAAGUAACUGCAGGCCAUUGAUAUCACAAUGCAAGAAUAGUGGUGAUCUACAAUAUGAUUAGUUCAUGUGACCCCCCACUUAAAACACGAGCUCUGUAUUCAGUAGUCAUAGUUGAUUUUUUUGUGUUUUGUUAAUAAUGCAAAGUAACAGUUAAUUUCCUGCUGAAAAAAAUGUCAACUUCCUUUAGAAAUAUAAAUUUGAAAAUUGGGCUGCUGUACUUAUUAAUGGUCAUUCAUCACCUUUUUUCAACUGCCUUCCUUUAUACCUCAUUGCAGAAUUGCUUCUUUUCCUUGUAUUUCACUUAACUUUUAACUAACAAAGACACACGAGUGGACCAUUAACUGCGCUAAGAUUCUUAUGGCAGUAUAAAGGAGCUUUUCAGUGAUAAUGCACUUGAACAAUCUGCCACUGACCUGUCUGGAUGCAAUGUCCAUAGCAAGUGUUUAAUUUAUAGCUCUGUGUUUCGCCAGACUCUUCUGUGGAGGAUUUUUUUGAAGGAACAGUAGAGACAUUACUUUCACUAUGGGACACCAGACUUCUGGCUGUGAUGUGCGACCUAACAUCUCCACUUUUGUUCUUUUUCAGGAGGUGUAAUUGCAGAGAAAGUUGCGCCUCCUUUUUACACUAGUGCAAAAUCAUGAAUAUAUAGUGUCAUAAGCUAGUUAUUGCUUUACCCAGGUUACCCAAACAGUUAUGCCACAUACCAGUCUCACUCUUCCUGCUAAACUUUAAAAUUGUGGUCUAAAAUAAAGUUGUCUUGAUUUAAUGUAAAUAAUUACAAAGUGUGAAUAUUCAUUUUUGCCAAGUUAUUCUGCUUUAACUCUUAAUUUUCUCAUUGGAAGCUGUCAGCUGUGAAUAUUGUUUUGCUUGCCAGUCCUGCCUGAGAAACAAGAUUUUCUACUGUGUUUGAGUACAGUAUGUAAAACGUGCUGGUAACCUAAUAAUUUGUUUGUCUUCAUAACCAGAUAGAGUAGACUGGAGAUUAAUAUGCUUAGUUUUUCAGAGGAGGGGAGAGAAUAAAAACAGUAUGCAUUCUUUUGCAAAGGUUGGCUUAGUUUUAGUUGUGAAAGGUGUUGUGUGUUUGUUAAUUUUACAGUCUAGCCUGCUUGAUACCUUGCCUAAGUCCAUUAUUCUUGCUUUUACUUGGUCACUUUCUAAGACCAGUUCCAUUUCAUGUCAUUUUCCAUAUGACCAUUGAAGUUUUUUUUUUAAUAUGUACAAUUGCAGUGUGUUUACUGCAACAAACUUGACCAUAUUACAAAACUCUCCAGUUGCUCUCAUCACAGUUAUUGCAUUCUGGUAGCUUAAACCACCCUUAAGAGUAACAUCACUCAUUCAAGUGAUGUUUUCUUCUGCCUUUUGGAGCUCUUUUUUAAAUAGUUUUGAUAAUUUUUCUGUUAACAUUUAAGAGGUCUUCAUAUAUUUGAUCACUAUAUCUCGCUAUUGCAAUGAGUUCAUCUGUUUAUGAAAAAAACAUGAUCAUCCAACGUAUGCCCGCAUUCCUGUGCUGAAUGAAUAAAUGUACUUUAGAAGCUGUCUGCAAACAUUUCUACAUGCACACACAUGCAGUGAAGCUUAAUGAUCAGCUUAUAACAGGACCGAGCACAUAACGUAAUAAACUGCAGUCAUCCUGCUGUCUUAGAUCUUAAGAUGCAUAUUGAUAGUUUAUUCUAACUUGCUUCUAAGUACUAAAAGGCAUAAUAUUUAUGUGGAAAAAAUAAAAAUGUCAUUUUUUUGUAUGAAGUAAAUUCUGACCUUACAUGUAGCUCUGUUUGAAAUAACAUUGCAUAUGAAUUAAUCCACAAAGUGUAAACCCCAAUAUUGAUUAAAGCUGGUGAAUAUUU